GUUCGAGUAUUUUAAAAAGUCUGUUUGACUACUCGACUGUCAUAACAACACUAGAGCGCGAAUAACGAUGUCUAAUGUUAGCAAUGAUGAACAAGUUUCUAAUGAAAAUGAGCUUGAGAACGGUGAAUUUGUGCUGAAACCGAAUAGAUAUGCAUUUGUCAAUGCUAAAGGCUUGUUACAGAGAUGCAAUGAAGGCGGUUUCAAUAUGUCUGUCCACAAAAUGAUUUCUAACUUAUCCUACCAAAAUAUUUUUAGUUACGACCAUUUAGUCCAAGUCCUGUGUAGCAUUUUAAAGGAAAACGGUGACAGCUCACUUGUAGAGUUGGAGAACCUUAGUCGAAAGAUUAAAAGGUUUAAAUGUUCAGCGGACUUGCACUUAAUAAGACGUGUUAAAGAGGUUUCUGCUGAUCUUGACUUAGCGUUACGUCGUCGGUCAUACUUCACAGUUCCUUCCAAGGAGGUUCGUGUGUCUGAAGUUUUGCCUGAUUUGUCUAAACUUUUCUUUGCUUUGGGUCAAGCAGGCAUAGGCUUCCCCCAGGAAGAGGUUGUCAACCUUUCUUUAUCGAUUCGAUCGUUUCUAACGAAAAAUUCGCCAACUUUUAUCAGGUUUUGGGGAAAAUAUUUAGGAACUUCCCGGAAUUACUACGUUUUAGAGGUAGAAGAACUAGAAGCUGGUGAUAAGAAUAUUUAUCCACCUGACGCUCACUCCAAAUUGAGAGAUAAUGAGAGUACGGCACGAUCGGAUGUAGAACUUAGCGAAAGAUUGGCAAUUCUCGAUAUGGAUCCGCUUCCAAAGUCCGAAUGGAAACCACAACUGCCAGUACCACCCGAAGAACACGGAAAAGGCACCAAUAGAAAAACAUAUUUUGUUUGCAACGUUUUAGGCGACGAUUGGGUCAGAUUGCCUGAUGUUACUCCAGAGCAGAUUAUCACCAGCCGGAUGAUAAAAUACUUUUGUACGGGUGAUCUGGAAGCGGAAAUUGAUACAUUCCCAACUUUCCCUGGAGUUGAAAAAAAUUUUCUUCGAGCACAAAUAGCACGAAUAUCUGGAUCAACUACGAUUUCUCCAAUAAAUUAUUAUCAGUUUAACGAAGACGAAGAAGAAGAACAAAUAGAGGAAGAUUCUUUAAGAGAAAAUUUUAUAGAAAAUCCUGAAUAUGAGCCAAUGACUAUUUAUGAUUUGACUGACCCUACUUUAACUAAUUGGGUUCAUCAUACAGCUUAUAUAUUACCACAAGGUCGAACUGUUUGGUUGAAUACAGCAAUCAAGACAAAAGACGAACUAGAGGAUGAAAUGUCUGAAGAUGAAGAAGAUGAGCCUGAUGAACCUGAACCCGAAACAGGGCCUCCGUUGUUAACCCCAUUAUCAGAAGAUGCAGAAAUUGGUGGUAUUCCACCAUGGUCAACUCGUAUUACUUCACAGUUAAUACCUCAUUACGCAUAUGCUGUACUAUCAUCUAAUAUUUGGCCUGGUGCAUAUGCAUUAGCACAAGGCAGAUUUUUUGCAAAUAUCUACGUAGGCUGGGGAUUAAAAUAUACUGGAAUGAAUUUUAGUCCUCAAAUAAUACCAAAGCCAUUUGAAGAAUUUCCUUCAGGACUAGAAAUCACAGAGGUUGACGAUCCGACACCUGAAGAAGAAGCAGCUUGGAGAGCUGCACAAGCUGAAGCUGCUCGACGUCAGAACGAGGAUCAAGAAGAGGAGGAGGAGGAAGAGGAAGAAGAAGAAGAGGGUGAGAGCGGUGGUGAUGAUGAUGAUUAAAAGACAUAUCACUUACCAAUAAAUUCAUUAUCUCAUUAUCCCAUGUAUAUUUUUUGAGAAAAGUAACCAAUACACAAACUUUUCAAUUCAAUCUAACCCAAGUAAUUGAUUUCGAAAAAUCAGUUUUAUUAGAUGGUUACUAUAAUCAGUGAUGUGUGAUAGUGAAAAUAAAAUAUGAUUAAUCGAUGAGCGUUGGCAAACAGACACAACCUCUCAUUGAUUUCUACUUUGGAUUCACUGAAGGUGUCUGCUUGUAACUGUGGUGAAUAUAGUAUUACCUAGUUUA